AUGGCAGCAGUCAUGGCUACGCCUGAGAUAACGACGGCGAAAGGCACAGCACCGAACCCAUCGCGAAACCCACUGCCACUCUCCGCCUCCCAAGAAUCUCAAGUUCGGGAACUGUACUACAAACGAGUCCGCCAAAAGUGCGCCGACGAAGUCAGAGACUUCGCAGCAUGCUGCACCCAACGAACCUUCACAGCAACCUUCAUGUGCCGCUCCGAGCAAAAGACGAUGAAUGCCUGCAUGAAGAUCUACGCAACACAGGAGGAACAGGACGCAGCAAGAGCAGAAUGGUUCGCGACGAUGGAUCAGAGGCGGGAGGAGCGGGAGAAGAAAGAGCUGAAACGGAUAAAGGAUGAGAAGUUUUGGAAGGAGUGGUGGGCAAAGGACAAAAAGGGCGUGCCGAGUACAGAGGGCAGGGAUAUGAAGGGAAGACAUAUUGAUGACGGGAAGAAAUAA